UCUUCCGACGCUGUCUGUCGGGGGAAGGGAGGGGGCUCGCCACGCACACUCACCCGGGACUGGGCCCCCGCUCCUCGACGGCAUUUAAAGGGCGGAGGGCGGGGCCCCGCGGGCCGCACCGGGGAGCGGCGGGCAGCCAAGCUGGAUGGGGCGCCCAUGAGCUUCGGCGCCGAGCUUCCCGGCCAGGCCCGGGAACGGCCGGACAUGGCCUCGUACCGCGACGGCUCGGGUGCGUGUCCCGUCCCGCACAGCCAGGCCGGGGCCACCGCGCACCCCGUGGCCUACGCGCGCGCCGAUCUGGGCGCGGGAGCCGGGGCCCAGUGCCCGUGGCUGAACGCGCCGGCUCUCAGCCCCGCGCCCUACACCGCCGGCCCCCGGCCCGCGCCCCCCUACGCGGCCCCCGGCCCGCUCCUCGGCGCCCCGGGCGGCCUGGCGGGCGCAGACCUCGCGUGGCUGAGCCUGUCAGGCCAGCAGGAGCUGCUGAGGCUGGUGCGGCCGCCCUACUCGUACUCGGCGCUCAUCGCCAUGGCCAUCCAGAGCGCGCCGCUGCGGAAGCUGACGCUCAGCCAGAUCUACCAGUACGUGGCCGGCAACUUCCCCUUCUACAAGCGCAGCAAGGCAGGCUGGCAGAACUCCAUCCGCCACAACCUGUCGCUCAACGACUGCUUCAAGAAGGUGCCCCGCGAGGAGGACGACCCAGGUAAAGGCAAUUACUGGACCCUGGACCCAAACUGCGAGAAGAUGUUCGACAAUGGCAACUUCCGACGGAAGAGGAAGAGGAGAGGAGAGGUGAGCGCCGCCGCAGCCUCGGGAGGCGGGAGCCCCGGAGGAGCCACGGCGCGGGAGCUGGAGCCCCUGGGCGCCGCCUCCCCGGACCUGCAGGCCCCGCCGUCCCCGCCCGCGCCCGAGGUGGCCACCUGCCUGUCCGGUUUCGCCUCGGCCAUGGGCGCCCUGGCUGGCGGCCUCGGUACCUUCCCCGCGGGCCUGGCGGGGGACUUCUCAGUCGGGAGACCGACGACGGUCGCCGCCCACGGGCCCCGGGCCCCAGGCCCCGCACCCGGCUUCGGUGCCGGACGUCAGACCGCGGCCCCCGCCUUCCGCGUGGACCCCUUCGUCUACCGUCGGGAGGGGACCGAAGUGUGAGGGGGGCCGGGACGUCCCCAGUGCUGUGCGGACGUGCGGAGCUCAAGCCCGGUUCCCGCCUGCUUGGCGCCGCAGAGUCAGCGCCCCAGAGCGAGCGCAGAGCCCCCGGAGCCGCCGAGAACAGAUCCAGGCGAGCGCGCGUCAUCCCCCCCGCCCCCCGCCCCUGUGGCCCCGCUGUUCCCGCUGUCCUGCCUCACCCUCACCCCGCGACCGCGACCGUUCAGAUGGGGCAAAUGGGCCGCUCCCUGCUCCCCCUGUUCUUCCAGCUGCUCUGGACCUCGAACCUGUGCUCUCUGGCAUCCGCCUUAAAGGGGCGACAGGCUGGCGCUCGGCUCCAGCUUUUAGGAGGGGAGCCUGGCCCGCUCCAAAGAGCCUUCUAGGUGCUUUCGGGAGGGUGGCCCGCGUUCUACCCCGCGGCCCAUUUCCUCCUCCUCCGGCCCAGCCUGGUCCACCUGGCGGCGCAGGGCCUUCCCUCCUUUCAGGGAAGUGGGCAGGGGGGUCGCAGGGCCCCGUGGGGCCAGGUAGCUUCUCUUCACCGUCACCAGCACUGUGGCAGCCAGGGAAGGGAAUCCCGACUGGGACGCAGGUAGGAGGGACUUUCUAGUGGCUGCAGCUGUGGGUGACGGCAAGGGAGAGAGCUGCAGGCGGCCAGGGGACUCCAGCGCCUUUCCCUGAUGGUGCCUGGCCGUCACCGACCCUGUCCUGGGACCGGGAGCCUCAGGGGACCACAGGAGCAGUGCCUAGCACCCCAGAGUCACAGGAUGGGCUCCAGUUUACUCCCCACCCCACUCCCACCGGCUCACUCUUGCUCCUUAUCCCCCAGUUUGGGCCCAAGCUGCCCCCCGCAUGCAGAGGGAAGGGACAGCCUCCCACGUAUAAGUGAGCCCACUCUCCCACUUGCUAUUUACCCAGAGGGUUCUCUUGGGAGCCUACAGCCAUUGGGAGGAGAACUUUUGGCCUCGUACCAAACUUGGCCGGGGGCGCCAAUCAUUCCAGCACCUCCAGGCACUGUGGGUGCUUGGCAGGUGCACCCCCUUUCCCUGAGCCCAGGUGGUUGGAGGAGAACAGGGAGAGAGGAGUUACCUUGGGAGGAAGGUAGCAGAUUAGUGAGCCAGACACCCCCCCCCCUCCGGGCUGGCAGACUGAAUUCAGAAUCCAGCUGGCCCCUGGAUGCUGCUGGGCCACUGCCGGAGCUGGGAGGGAGGGCUGCACUUGUGUUGGUUCCUUGGAGCUGACUGGCAGUGGGGUCCUGAUGAACA